AUGCUGGUGCUGGUGCUUGAGCUGGUGUCUGUGCUUGUGCCGGUGCUUGUGCAGGCUGGUGCUGGUGCUGGCGGUGGUUCUGGUGAUUGUGGUUGUGCUAGUUCUUUUACUGCAGAUGCUGCUGCUGGUACUUGUGCUGGUGCCUGUUCUGGUACUGGUUCUGGUGCUUGUGCGUGUGUUUGUGUCGGUGCUGGUGCUUGUGUUGGUGCUGAUGCUUGUGCUGAUGCUUUUGCUAGUACCAGUGUUAGUGCUUUUGUUUGUGCUUAUGCUCGUACCAGUACCUAUACUGGUGCUUGUGCUGGUGCCUACUUUUUUGUCGGCGCUUUAGAUGGUUUUUGUACUAGUGCUACUGCUGUUGCUGGUGCUUGUGCUGCUGCUGGUGCUGAUUCUGGUGCUUGUGCGUGUGCUUGUGUUGGUGCUGAUGUUGGUGCUGGUGCUGGCACUGGUGGUCGCGCUGGCGCUGGUGCUGUUGCUGGUGCUGGUGCUAGUGCUAGUGCUUGUGCUUCUGCUCGUACCAGUGCUUGUGCUAGUGCUUAUGCUGGUGCCUACUCUUGUGCCGGCGCUUUUGCUGGUUCUUGA